AUGUCCAGUGAAAAAGAAAUAUUAAGACAAAAAUACCAGCGUGAGGAAGAAGAAGGAGAGCAAAAGACGGCGUUUAUCUCAAAAGAUUCACUGCUUCCAGAAGCCCCACCUGCGUAUGAUGAUAUCCAACCGCAACAGAAACCAUACACAUCAAGCUCAUCACAAUCUCAGUUUCAAUCGGAAUGGCAGGCUCUACCCCAUGGCAACAAUUUUGGAUACCCGGGUGUCCAACAGCAAAACCAAGGCUAUAGUUAUCCCAGCGGCCCUUCUUCUCCAUUUGCGCAAUCGCAAUUGCAGUCACAAGCUCCACAAGCUCCACAAGUUCCCUCGUCACAAGAAAACGAACCAAACGUCUACAAAAUCAAACCAGACUUAGCAAACAUCAACUAUGCUCCUCUGCAACAUUUAAAUCCCCAGUAUGAGGAAUUUCGUCAGAACCAACAAGCGAAAAUGGCAAAAGGCGAGCGGAAUUAUAUGGAUCCAAAUUACAAGGCACCCAUAAAUAAGGGUCACGUGGGUAAAAAGAAAAUUGAUCUGAGUUUUCCAGGUAGAAGCGGAGCUACAUAUCACAAUGCUGCCAAUAAUCAUUGA